AUGAAAAAUCAAUUAUAUUGUAUUUCUGAAGGUAAAAAUCUAGAUAUUUUCGAAAAUCCAUUUAUUUUAAUUGAUGACGAAUGCAACUUAGCUAAAAUUGACUUCCCAAAGAUCUGUCACUUUUCUACUAAAAUGUCCUUGGAAAUAGAUAUUGGAGAAAUAGAUCUCCCUGUUAGGAUUAAUCUGAAGUUUGAUGGUAAAAAUGCAGUCCCUGUUGAUCCAAAGAGAAUGGCUUCAAUGUCCAAACUAUUUAAAAUUAAUUUUGCCACGCUUAAAGGCGAUACACUAGAUUUAUCUUCAAAAAUAGAAGUCAAAACAUAUGUUAACGAGUUGCUUGCUUUAAUUCACAAUUUAAAUCCAAAAUUAAAUCUCAAUAUAUUGUUAGAACUAUUAUUAAUAGUUGUUGAAUGGGGUUGCCCAACAAUUGAAGAAAAACUAUACAACGCUUUAUCCAAAAAUGCUACUGAAGAUCAAAUUUUCCAAUUAAUCCUCCAAAAUUUCAAAAAAUAUAAAGCAGACAAAUGCAAAGAUUUGUUCAGAAAUUACUACAGAUACCUUGCAGAGAAUUUUAUUAGCUUCUCUCAAAAAAAUUAUUUACUUCAUUUAGAAAAUGAACAAAUUAUAUCUAUUAUAAACAACCCAGACUUCUCUCGCCCAAGUCGUGAUGUUUACGAUAAAAUUUUGCUUACAAUUAUCAUGUCAGAUGAAAAAUACAGAUAUUUAAUUAAUAAAAUCGAUCUGAAUACAACAGAUAUGAAUAUUUUAGAGAGGUUAAAUGCAUUAUUAUUGAAAGAUGACUCCACCAACCAAUAUAGCGAAAUAAGCAAGAUAUAUAAGAACAGAAAGGAAAUGCAAGCCAAAAAGAAAGACGAUUUGUAUGCUGUCUUCUCCAAGCUGCAAAAAAUAAAUAGUGAGAAGUCAGAACAUUCAAAAGAACGCUUUGAUAAAAUUAAUGAACAGAUAGAGCUUUUGAAACAAAAGAAUGCUGAUAUUCAGAAGAAGAUUGAUGGAAAAUAA